AUGAACUACGUGGCGAGGCGCUACAGCUACCUGGAACGGCUGCCUCUGUGGUCGUUCGUGAACCUCAUGAGUCCCAAGGCCAUAGUCACGCGCACCGCCCACGAGUGGUUCUGGGGCUACAGCGACGCCGUCAAGGCCUUCGUGGAGCUUAAGCAGGGCAAGAUCAAGGCCGGCAUCAUCCAGUCGGCGAACGGCACCAGCCCAGACACGAUGACGGUGUUCACGGGCGUGGAGGACGUGAGCCGGCUGGGCGAGAUCACGCGCUUCAACGGGCUGGAGUUGAUGGACUUCUACAGCACGAAGGAGUGCAACCGCGUGGACGGCAGCGACGGCGCGCGCUUCCCGCCGCCGGCCGUGAAGCCCGGCGCCACGCUGCACAUCUACCACCGCGAGGCGUGCCGCCGCGUGCCCAUCGUCUACGAGAAGGACGUCACG